CCAACUCAUGUUGCUCCUAAUUAUCAGAGCAAAAAAAAAAAAAAAAAAAUUCCAACAGCGGCGGCAACAGCGACUCCCUUUCCCUCUUCCCUCUCUUCCCUGUCUUUUCCACUCGCUCACCGACGUUACAGACCAACCCGUCAUCAGAUAGCUAGGUUCAACUGAAACAGUAGUUAGUAGUCUCACCCAGAACAAAUUGCUUUAGUAUUUUGGCUCCAAAUUGAUUCCCGCCAAUCCUCACAAGCUAAGCUAUGAGGGAAAUCGUCACCCUCCAAGUUGGAGGCUUCGCAAACUUUGUGGGCUCGCAUUUCUGGAACUUCCAGAAUGAGCUACUUGAGUUGGCCGAAGACCCUGAAGCAGACCCAGUUUUCAAGAACCAGGCUUUGAACAUGGAUGUUUUCUACCGCUACGGUGAAACCCACCAGGGCAUUCCUACCUACACUCCUCGGCUGCUUUCUGUCGACCUUAAAGGUUCCCUUGGGUCUAUGAGUUCAUCUGGAACUUUGUACAAUGGGGGUUCAUCUGUACCAUCAAGUGUUAUGACAUGGGAUGGUAAUGUUACUACUCAAGCCUCUGAACCACGUAGGAGAAAUUUGUUCUUGCAAAGUUUGUACCAGGAAGAGCUGGAGAAUUCUUUGACUGUUGAAAAUGGUGUCAAUGAUGGUGAGAAUGGUUCUCGAAGAGAAGUUUCUGACAGGGACAUUGUGGAACAGUUGGAAAAUAAUGUUCAAUACUGGACUGACUAUUCAAAAGCCCACUAUCAUCCCCAGAGUUUAUAUGAAUUAAGUGGAUUGUGGAUAGAUGCUCACAAAUUUGACAAUUAUGGGAUUGGAAGGGAUUCCUUUUCUGGGGGUUUACAUGGAGAAGAAAUGAGUGAUAGACUUCGCUUUUUCGUAGAAGAGUGUGAUCAUAUUCAGGGUUUCCAGUUCAUUGUUGAUGACUCAGGAGGUUUCUCUCCGAUAGCAGUUGAUUUUCUGGAGAGUAUUGCAGAUGAAUACACAAAUGUUCCUGUGUUGCUCUAUGCUGUACGUGGUCCUGGCUCUGUAAUAGAUUCCAUAAGCCAGAAGCAUAGAGUCAGCAGGAAGCUUCAUGCUGCGGUUUCAUUUUCAAGGCUAUCAUCUUUAUGUAACCUGAUUGUUCCAGUCGGGUUACCUUCACUGAGUAGAAGCAAAGCAUCGAAGCUUCUCUGCAUUAAAGAUGAAAAGCCUUAUCACUGCAGUGCAAUGUAUGCUGCUACCCUACAUUCUGUUAGCAUGCCUUUCCGAAUGGAACCGCCUGCGCCCAAUGCAGACUCAACUUAUGCGUCUGGUUCUUUGACUGUUAAUGAGGUUGUGCAAAUUCUAUCAGGGCAAGCUAGACAGAAUAUGGUCGCUAUUCUGGACGCUGCAAUGCCAGCACCUUCUUUAACUGGAAAUCAGGUCGAACAAACUUUUCUCGGGAACUUUCAGCCACUGACACCAGAGGUCUCAGAGCAUGUUGAAGACUUACAAUCAGUUGAAUCCAUGACUGUCCUGGGGGCCCUUGGAACUGGAGGGCAGCGGGCAUCAAUUUAUGAAGUAAAGGGUAUGGUACAUGCUGCUUAUCAGCAUGCAAUAAAAGGGCCGAUGUUUAGCCAUCUGUCAGUGGCUCAAUGCCCUCUACCAAUACCUUUGCCUUUUCCCUCAAUCUUUGGGAACCAUGUUGGCCAACAUGGUGAGCUUCUGGGCACCCCAAUUAUUGGUUCCUCAUCAAGGGGAUCACUUGAUGUCCAUUCCAUCCCUAUGGCAGCUAGACUACGGUCUAGCAGUGCUGUGUUGCCAUUUUUGGAGAAUAGAUUGGGAGAUCUUCGCAAGUUUGGGAUUGCCAGAGCCUCACCUGGGGCAGAAUUACUUAGGAGUUGGGGCUUCGCAAAGGAUGAAUCAGAAGACAUGGGCGAGACACUGUCUAAAAUGAUAGCAGAAUUGAAUCCUCGCUCUCAAAUGUCCUCGGAUUCAGAUUAACUUUCUGGAAAGCAAGACGUUUUGAGCAGGUGGAGAAACAUAGAGCAAGGAAAGAGUUUGACAUGCCUUGAACAGGAUCUGACAGGAUCUGGAACGAGAGUAUAAAAGCAGUAUAUUAGUAAUGACUAGUGUUUUGACCAAAAAAAGAAAAGAAAAAGUAAUGACUAGUGGGAAAAUCAAAUGAUUUCUGAAAGCCGGAAUACAACUGGACAAAAAUGAGGAUAUCUUGGUUGCUGGAUUUUUUGAACUUAGGUCUGGUCGUCUUGUUUAUGUUUCCGAAUUCCUUUUGGACCAGUGUAAUGUGCAAUAGUUCUCUUUUGUAUCAAGGAUCUAACUGAAAAUGAAGACUGGCUAGCAACUGUUUUUAACACUAGAAAUACAGAUUUUAAAAUUCUCUUUUCAAA